ACUGGGAAGGGAAGUGCUGAGUAUCUUUGGGGGUGCUCUGGGCUGGGUGGGCUGGAUUGGGGACAGAGGGACUGCUUCAUCCUUUGGGCCAGGAAGGUAGAGCACCUCUAGCUGGGUGGCCUUUAUCCCAGUAAAUGCCAUUAUUGUAGCACAGCGUCUUGUUUGUAGCUUGGAAAUUUGGGUUGUACUUGAUCUCCCCAACAGGAGGUAAAGUAGCUGUCUCAGGAAUGGAACUGGAUGAUAGCUCCUGGACUCAGGGCCCCGUGAUAGUACUACAAGACCCUAGCCACUGCUGUGGGGAAGCACUGAGCAAAUAGGGGGAAAAAGGAGAGGACACACAACAGCAGAUGAUAAACCUAGACCAGGGCAAGGAGCUCCCACACAAAAGGGAGAGGCCUGGAGUUGCCUUUGUAGGGGCAUUUUGAAUUGUAAUUUGCCUGUCAAUCAGGCAGUGCAGGACAGAAGCAAAUUAGGAGUGGCUCUAGGGCUUCCCUCAUGCCUACAUCUGCCAGGGACAGUGGUGGUGACAUGCAGGUUCCUUCUUCCAGCACCUGUUCCCAUCUGGUGGGGGAUACCUGCAGGGGCGGGGUGGGCAGGAAGCAGGUACUAGACGGAGAAACCUGUGCUCUGCUGCUACUGUUCCCUGCCUGGCACAGCACACAACUGCAGUCUGCGCCUGAAUCAGGGCAGAAGCGGCUCUGGGACUUCUGCACCCAGAUCAGUGGGGACAGUGGCAGCAGUGGUGGAAGGGAUAUGUGACCACAACACCAACACCCCAGAUCUGCCCCUGGCCUGACCUCAUCAGAGGGCUUUAAUUUUCUCUUUGUUCUGCCUAACCCAGGGGCUUCGGUUCCUUGUGAACCCAGAGCUUAUCCAGGAGAUGUAAAUGUAACAGGAAGAUUGUUCCUGCAGAUGAAGAAGAUAGUUUUAAGAUAAAUGAAUCUCUGCGACAGUAAAUGGCCUGUCAGCGUAAUGAAUUUGUGGUGUUUAGCUUUGCAGACAAUGGCAGCUCUGGUGAUUGUAAUCCCUACACUAAUAUUAUGUGAAGUGUUUUUAUCUGUUUUUCAUGAAGAAAUAUAAAACGUUAUGAUCAGUUCUUCUAGGAUUUUUGUGUUUUUCCAGGGCCUCAGGGAAACAUAAACCAGAAGCCAAACCGUUUGAAAUCUCUCUGCAUAACCAAGCACUGAAGCAGCAUUAAAUUCAAGCUAGCAAGCUCCUCAUGGAGAGAUGUUCUAGAAAAAAAUUGUGUUAGUUUUUGAUCCCUACAGCCCCAAUUCAGACACAGUGAAACAAGUGCUUACUUUUGAUUUUGGUGACACACAUGCAUGGCUUAAAUUUAAGCAUUUUGAUUAUGUGCUUUUCUAAAUUUGAACACUGAAUCAGGGCUUCAGAGACUCAUGUAAACCCCUGAUGAAGGCAAUGGGAAUAAAGGAAGUUUAAAGGAAAGUCUCAGCGCACGUGUGCCCCCUGGACUCACCUUAGCGGAGGAGGAGCCAGAGGCAGCGGAAGACCCUUCAGCUCCAGAUGCCCACGAGUGAAACUCCACGCAAGGAGUCUGCAGCAGGGGAGUGGAGGACAGUCACCUCUGGAUCCAGGCGGCAGGGCCUGGUGUCUGCUUCCCCAUUGCGUGUGGGGCACAGAUAUGGGGCCCUGACAACCGUGAAGGAGACAGAGGAGGAGCAUUUUCUUGCAGAGGAGGUGAUCCCUGUAGCCCCUACCAGGCAGGCUGGGGGAUCACUGCCCAGGCAGAAGAAGAAACGCCAAGUGAUUGUGGUGGGCAACUCGAUCCUGAGAGGCAAAGAGGGGCCGAUCUGUCGACUGGAUCCUAUGGUAAGAGAAGUCUCCUGCAUGGCUGGAGCUAAGAUCAGGGACAUCACUGAGGCGAUUCCUGCUCUCAUCAAGCCCUCUGACUACUACCCCAUGGUCCUCGUCCAUGUGGGAACCAACAAUGUGGCUAGGAUGAGCCCUGACCAUAUCAUGAAAGACUUCCAUGAACUGGGAGACAGCCUCAAGAAGACUGGAGCACAGGUUGUAUUCUCUUCCAUCCUUCCGGUUGGCAGCAGCCAGAGACGCCAGGGUGCCCACAUCAAGGAAGUCAACCGGCGGCUCCAGAGUUGGUGUCUUCAGGAGAGCUUUGGAUUCUACAGCCAUGACCAGCACUUCCAGGGAGGAGGCUUCCUGGGAGAUGACAAUCUUCAUCUCUCUCCCAGAGGCAGCAGCUAAACCCUCAUAUGCUUCAACAGGAGACUGGAAAAACCAUGGACCAGGUAAAAGGUAGUUUGUCUGCCAGAUUCUCUCUUUUUGGUUUGCAAUCUGCUUCAGGUACUUUAUUCACAAGACCAUUUAGGAAGAUGCAGUUUUAAUCAUAUUUGGUCUUAAAGUUCUGGAGUCAAGUGACUACAUGAGAAUCAUUUAAAAGGAUAUUUCUAGCAUGCCUGGUUGUGGAGAAAUGCUUGUAAAGGUACCUGCCUUCAAGGAGCAGAAGAUAAAGGAAAAGAAUGCCAAAUGUCUGGGUUUAAAAGAAUACUUGGUUUUUAAACUAGUCUCAUGUCAUUUAUUUGAUUUUGAAUGCUUGGGAUGGGCAAUACUGAUGUGUUAAGGAAAGUACAGCUCGAGUUCUGCUGCACUAAAUCAUUAGCAGUGGGUCAAGGCACAUCAUCUGUUAAUUCUACUUUUAGUUACAUUAGGGGACAGAGAGCAAGGUAGCGGG